AUGAUAAAUACAACUGAAUCAAAUCCGGCAGCAACAGCACUAGCAACAGUAGGUACAGUACUAUGGUGUAUUCAACUAAUCCCACAGAUUUAUCAUAAUUGGAAAAGAAAAGAUUGUACAGGUGUACCCCCACAUAUGAUGUUUCUAUGGGUGAUAUCAGGGAUCCCAUUUGCCAUCUUCUUUUUAAUCCUUAAUACAAAUAUAAUUUUACAACUUCAACCACAUUUAUUUACAUUCUUUUGUGGUGUAGGAUUUGUUCAAUCAUGUUAUUAUCCUCCUGUAAAGAUGCCAAUAUGGAAAAUUGUAGCCAUUUCGAUUGGGAUAAUAUUAGUAGAUAUUGGAUCUGAAAUCGGAUUUGUCCUUUGGUUACGUCCCUUAUAUGCGCAAGGUAUUAAGUGGCCUUCAAUGAUUUUUGGUAUUUUAGCAUCGGUACUCUUAGCCAUAGGUUUAUUACCACCAUAUUUUGAAUUGGCAAAAAGGCAGGGGGAAGUCGUCGGAAUAAAUUUUGUCUUUUUAACAUUAGAUAGUCUUGGUGCUUAUUUUUCAAUUGCAAGUGUAUGUGUCGGUGAUAUGGAUAUAUUAAGUAUUAUCUUAUAUGCAGUCAUUGCUGUAUUAGAAAUGGGUAUAUUUUUGUCUCAUAUGAUAUGGUUAUGUAGAUUCAAAUGGUUUGGAAAUGAUAAACAACAACAACAACAAAAAAAUAGAGAAAUGAGUGAAUCUAGUGAGGAAGACGGAGGACAAACCGUUUCAUAUAUCGAUGAUUCCUUAGAAAUUGGAACGGAAAAGCAAAUAAAGAAUAGAGAAUCUACAUUUGAAAUUAAUUCAGAAAUUGAUAAUGAAUUUGUUUAUAAAACUGCAACAAAGGCAAACGUGUCGGCAAUCUUUAAAUAUAUUCCUUAG